AGAAAGUCUGAAGGAAUUCUGGUGAGGCCGCAGCAGCAGCAGCAGCAGCUAUAGCUGCAGGCAGACUGUCUGCAAAGUCUCCUGUUUAUCUUUCUCUCCUCGUUUCUUGUUUCAAUGCUCCGCUAACCCCGCUUCUGUCCACUCUUCAUCAUUCAUUGCCAGCUAUCUUCCAUCCCAAUUCAAAGCAUGCACCAGCCUUCUCUUUUCAUAUCUAUUUUAAAUUAAUUAACCAGAUGAAUUCCUCCGGGCCGUUAUUAUUACCUCAGGACAAAAGCCAUUUUACGUCACCUACUGAACCAAGUUGGACUUGCGAAAGUGGCUUAUCUUUUAUGGUAGGGAGUUUUUAUUUUAACAACUUUUUUCGUUCUCUAUAAUUUAUUAGAAGGCAAAAAAAAAUGCCCCACAUAGAAAACGUGUACUCAAAAUAAUAUUAAAUGUUAAUACUAAAGUGAAUAAACUUUAUAAAAAAACCAUUCUUUAAUCCAAAGGCUCUCCACCCCAAGUCCAUAACCAACCAAACCUUACUCGAAACACCAACACCAUUUCACCAAGCAAGCAAAAGGCAACUCAAAAUCUCUCCUUUUCCUUUCUUUUUAUAUAUAAAAAAUAUAUUCAUCCUUUCAUUUCUUUUAUGGCUUCCACUUCCAACGCCACCAACUCCUCCACGGCUACCAUCUCGCAGCAGCCACUGCCAACUUACCCCUCUGACGCAGCCUCCCCCAACACAACUUUCGUCCAAGCUGACCCCUCAACCUUCAGGACAAUAGUUCAGAAACUAACCGGGGCACCCGACGACCCGUCCGCCCAAAAGCUCCCGGUAACGCACCCACUCCACAAUAUAGGACCAAAGCGACCUGCAUUCAAGCUCCAUGAGCGGAGACAAACCGCCAAAAAGCUCGAAAUCAAACUCAACAAUAACCCCAACAGUAACGUUUAUGGCAACAGCGAACUCUGUUACUUCAAGCAACGUGGAAAUUCUUUCCUCGUGUCUCCGGUUUCAACCCUGGAGUUUCUGCCGCGCGUGAGCCCGAGAUCGCCGAGGGAGGAGGUGCAGGCGCGCUGCAGUCCGAGGGAGCUGUGUGAGGAAGAAGAGGAGACCAUUGCGGGGAAAGGGUUUUACUUGCAUCCGAGUCCGAUGAGUACGCCGAGAGAAACAGAGCCGGAGUUGCUUCCAUUGUUCCCCUUGAGUUCUCCCAGAAGUAAUGAUGCUUAUCAUCCAUCAAAUUAAUUAUCCAAUCAUUAAUCGUGAUUAACAGAGAUUAGAUUAUAUCUUAAUUACAUUGGAUUAGUUCUCUAAUUUGUAUUAGUUGUCGUGUUAAUUAGUUCUUUGAUGUGGUGGGGAGUGAUAUCAAAAAAAUAUUAAUUUCUUUUCUCAA